AUGAGUCUGAAGCAAUUGGAAGUGACACUUUUGGCUCUUAUACGGAACAAGAAGAUGAACUUCUUCUUCAAGAAAUGGGAAAGAAGACAAAACUGUAGGGGCUCUGCCAUGUGUGAUGAAAAUCCUAUCAAUCUCUUUGGCCUGCCAUCUUUUGAUGUCAUUGCUGUUCGGGGCUGUAGUUGGUUCCCAGCUGUUUCUUUAACAGGGUUUCCUCCUAACAAUUUAAAACUAGUUCACAAGAAAACUGAUGUCUGUCUUAUUGCUGAGCAAGAUGCCUUGAACUCUUUGUAUUCCACUAAGGAUGAGAAUUCCCAGUUGAAAGCCUUUGAUUUUGGCUUAUCAGAUUUUGCCAAACCAGAUGAGAGGCUUAAUGAUAUUGUUGGAAGCGCAUACUACGUCACCCUUGAGGUUCUACAUAGAUCUUAUAGUACAGAGGCUGAUGUUUGGAGUAUAGGUGUAAUAUCAUAUAUUCUUUUAUGUGGCAGUUGCCCAUUUUGGGCACGGACUGAGUCUGGGACUUUUCGGGCGGUGUUGAAAGCUGAUCCCAGAUUUGAUGAAGCACUUUGGCCUUCUUUAUCUCUUGAAGCAAAGGAUGUUACUCAUGAAGGCUUAUAUGCGAUCGUCAUCCCUUUGAAAGGCUGCUUGAACGGCCUUAUCUUAGACAUUGACUGUAGAUCAUUCUUUUAUCUGAAGGAGAAGUUUGCACUAUUGGAUCUCAUUGCAUCGCUAAAUGGACUUCAAUACAGAAGAAUGGAUUUUGAAGAGUUCCGUGCCACUGCAUUAAGUGUUCAUCAGCUUGAGGCACUUGAUCGUUGGGAACAACAUGCUCGAUGUGCAUGUGAACUUUUUGAGAAGGAUGCAAAACAGAGCAAUUGUCAUUGA